AUGACCUCGAAACCAGCCCUGCAUGUCUUGAAAAGACUGCCUGCGCAAGUCCACAUUCGCGCAAAUCCAUCACCGAGGAAUCUGGCGGAGAGCAAACAGAUCUUCGCCGCUCUCCAGCGCUACGGCGAGAUCAUCAGCUUUCGGAACCUGAAGUAUGACAUCUUCAACAACACCGAGCGAGAACGGCCUUUGCUCGCCAUCUUCGACUCGAACGAGGCGGCCGAGCGCGCCAUCGCCGCAUCCCCAUUAACUAUCGAUCUGCCUGCGACACCACUACUCCCUUCAUCAUCAGCAAAAACUUUGACACGAAAUCCCUACGCGACCUCAUCCACCACGCUCUUACCCCCAGAGACCUCCGAUCAACCCCCCUCGUCCAAACAUGAAUCACAUCCUCCCACAUCCUCAUCCUUAUCCUCGUCCUCGACUCCGACUGCCAAUCCUCUCUCAAUAACAUGCACUAUCGAACCAUCCCGCCACAACUACGAGCGCGCAACCCGCCGCAAUCCAUUCUACAGCACAUUCUCCACAGACAAGCACAGCCCAAUCUACCAGGACAUGCGUGGCGAAGAGACAGCCACCCCGCUGGCGGAACUUGCCGAUGUCCUGCAGCGCACAAAGAGCCCGACCUUUGCGACGCAGCGGUACGGAACGCGCGUGCAUGCGCAGCGUUUGGGCGCAGAUAGUCUAGUGCGAUUGUGGAAGAAGGGGGCGGCGGACCGGCAAGCGAAGGAAAGAUCGCAGAUCAGGGAGUGCAGUGCAGAUGGGACUUCUUCCACUGGCUCUGUCGCUGGGGUUGCUGUGGACGGGGAAAAGGCAGGAGAGAAGCCGGGCGUUUCGGAUCGCGGUUGA